AUCGAGUUGAAUCUAGGUAGUUUGGUUUGCGAUCUCACGAGAGAAGGUCGUGUUAGACAUUAAACAUGAUGGCGAUUUACGAUAUCUUAUUAUGGACGGUGUUGGGAUGUUCUUUAGUAGUGACUCAAAAUAUAGUAACAUCGACUACUCGGAGGGUCAUUGAUUUAGACCCAACUCGAAAUGGAAAUAAGUCGUGUGUUUAUAAAAACCAAACGGGAAUAUGUGUGAGUCAUACGCUCUGUGAUAACGCACACAACUUCUUAGAAGGAGGCAAUUUGAUUGACAACGAUUUAAGGUCGAAGGGGCCGUGUCCUGAAAGAGAGUGGUGUUGCAUAAGUAAUGUGUCGAAGGUGGAUGAGGGUUCAAUAACUCAUCCGAAGAAUACCGAUGAAGAAUGUCUAACAGUGAAAAAGGAUAUAUGUCCUUGGUGCGUCUCUUUAUAUAAAACCAAUGGUGUAAAGGCCGGCGACUCAGGUCUGUUUUGCGGCGGCAUUCUCAUUGGAAGAAACGCGGUUCUAACAACGGCUACAUGUAUGAAGGCUGCAAAGAAUCAGCAAGUUAUCCACGCCAAGCUACCAGGUUCCCAGAAUCCGGAGAAGAUCUAUGUAGUCCGAUCCAGAUCUGGACAUGAGCAAUAUAACACAGGUAGUCAUGAGUAUGACGUGGCUGUGUUUAUGCUGGAGAGAGAAGUUGUAUGGGACAGCGGCCGAAACAACAAUGGAGCAUGUCUCAACAUAAAACAGCCGCUAGAAGAAGCCUGCUAUGCUUUCGGAUUCAAUUAUAACGAUAAAAUUGAAUCGACUAUACUGCAGAUUAAAAAGGGGAGUUGCCGUAAAGGCGGCCUCGGCGCAGAUGCGGCGUGUGGCACCUUACUAUUUGAAAACGACAAUUGCCUAGUAUCUCCUGGCUUGCCCGUCCUUUGUAUGUCAGACAACCAAGAGUUUGUUGUGACUGGACUGGUAAAGGGCCCCUGCAGGGAUUCGAAAGCGCAAUUGGGCUCACUACAACCAUCCUCAGAUUGGCUGGUCAAGGAAUUAUCCAAGAAUGGAAUAAAUGUCUCGCUUUAUUUAAAACAAUGACCUAAUAAUCAUAAUAUAGAGGAGUUAUACGUAAUUUUAUCUAUUUAGUAAACAAAUUCCUGUAAAUUUUAGUUUAUUGUAUGAGUAUACUAGGAAACGGAAACGCGGUUAAUAGCUUAUGCGACCAUCUAGCCGGAAAUUGCAUUAUAAUAUGAAAUCUCUUAGCAAUUUAUUGCUAUUUUAAAUUGUUGGGCCGUAUUUUCUUAUGUUAGACUCGAGUAUUAUCCAUUUAGAAAUCAAGUCUCCCCGUGAUCACGAUCGCUGUAAAGUGUUCGAAACGUCGGGUUAAUAGUAUAAUGAAUAAACCGCUUUUAAAUCUUCGUCUUGUAGAUCGCUACAGAGGGAAAUGGGUGGAUUACAUUUGUAACGUUAUGUCAUUAAUAAAAAAUAAGUCAUAAAAAAAAAAUCCGUUUAAAAGUCUUUAUUUCUAAUUGUUGGGCCGUGUUAUUUAAAAUUAUGAUAAGACUUAGUUAGUCAAUAAUUUUGUAUACAUCUAUAUAUA